AUUGCAAAACGUCUACUGUAUAUCAAUGAAGACGGCGAUAUCGAUUUUUUCCGCAAAAAUUACUCGUCUAAUUCUUAACAGAAAAUAAAAAUAUAUAAAGUGAUAGAAAUAUAUUAAGAUAUGAGAACAGUUAACAGAAAACAUUCGAGUAGUUGCAGUCUUUGCUGAAAUUACUGAAGAUACUGGGACCAGUUUUGCAUCUCUCCAAGUAGAUGAUUCGCAGAAAAUCGUUCAGAAACUUUACUAGGAAAAGAGAAAUUGAAGCAAAGGAUGAAUCCUCGAGCAAAAAGAAAACCGAGCAACGAUCACCCCCUAAAGAUACUCAAAACGAAUGGAUAAAUGAAGGGUUUCUUCAACCGGUUAGAAAUCUCAAUAAACGUUUAUCAUCCUUUCUUUCUCCCAGAGGUGCUCGCAAGACAAAUGUUCCCAACGAUGAUAAAUUGAGAAACUUCAUCUCUAGGAGAUUAUCGCUUCCAAAAAACUCUCGCCUAAAUCAAAGGAAAAAAAGUAAUGAAAACGAAGGAAGAUCGGAUGUUUCCACUCCUCUUCCCAAACCACAAUGGACCAAUAGGAUCAACUUAACGUGGAGAAAAGGGAAAGUAACAGGCGGCAAGCAAUGGAACGUGGCUGCGAUGGAACGAUAUCUUCGUGAUCGAGCCGAAGAAGAAAGUGUCAAAUUAGGUAUCAUCGCACCCAUGACGAAAGAUCAGAAGCCGGAAUCGGUAGAUACUCAGAACGAAGAUGGAGGUUUGGAUGAGGCGAGUAGUCCGUCGUGGACCUCGAGUUGCGAACAGACUCCUUCCUAUAACUCCUCGGAUCUGACGUUCGAGUUUGGUCAAAAAUGUGAUUUGAAUACCAAUAAUUUGGAAGAGAAUAAAACUAAAGAGGAGAGUAGGAAAAGGUCUCGUCGUAUCUUAAGAAGAGAACCUCGAGUUUCCAGUCCUCAGCUAAAAGAGAGUUUGAGCACAGACAGAUUGGAAAAUAUCGAACCUAAUAAGGACGAACGAUAUUGGAGUAAUCAAUUGAAGUUGAGGAAGAAUUCGGCGGAUAACGCCGAACAAUUGAAGUUAAGGAAGAAUUCCGCAGAUAACACGGAAAAGAUGAGCGUUUCUAGGAGUAGUACCUUCUCCAGAUUGCUCAGAAGAACCCAAAGUGCCGGUUGCACGAAAGAUGUUCCUGCCCAUGCUCUUUUUCUAAGAGAUAAACGACCGGUUUCCAAGACAAAAUCAGCAGAUUCCGCGUCGUCGACCGGGAUUAAAGACGACGACGAGAAGAAACACAAGAAAAAACUAUCGCAAGAUACGAAACUCCGCUUGACUUUUCUUCGUCGACGUCAUACCGAUUCGUCUAUUCAAAAUUCUGUCAGGCCUUCUCCUGAGGAAGCGCAGAAAUGGGCGGAUUCUUUUCAAGAUUUGAUGUCAAGUAAAUACGGUCAAGCGUUGUUCAGAGCUUUCUUGUCUCGAGAAUUCAGCGAGGAAAAUAUAGAAUUUUGGUUAGCGUGCGAAGAUUUUAAGAAAGCCAGAACGAAUAAGUUAUCGUCUAAAGCUAGGAAAAUUUAUAAUGAUUUCGUAGCGUCACAGUCGCCUAAAGAGGUAAACUUGGACUUGACGAUACGAAAUAGCAUUAUGAAUAGUCUGGCUACACCCGAUAGACAUUCUUUUGAUCAGGCUCAAAGGAGAAUUCAGGCUUUGAUGGAACAGGACUCGUAUUUAAGAUUCUUGCAAUCCGAACUUUAUCUGGAACUCUUACAGUGUAGUGAUUCGAGAUGAAUUCCUAUAUAUAAAAAAAAUUCUCAUCAAAUUUAUUCUUCUGUAAACCGGAGAUUAAAAGAAAGGAAAGAUUGUGAUAUAUCAUCGUCACCUCCGGUCUAAGUUUCUUCUGAUGUAAAAGCUUUAAACAUUCCAUAAUUUAUUGAUACUACAUGUCCGAGUGGAUGUGUUUAUAUACUACACAUAUCUUAUUUAUUUCCGUCACAUUCCUUUUUUUAAUAUAAGAACUUCUCGUUCUUUUUUUGUACAUAUUUCAUUCGUUGUUUACUGUAUUAAAAAAUAAACUACAAAGAAAAAAGAAAAUGACAUCAACUCUUGUAUUGAAUUCAAAUUUUGUAUCGUCAUUUUAAAAAAAAAAUUGCUUUUUUUCAGCAGUUAAAAUAAUAUUCUUCCAUAAUAACAAUCUGUUUGUACUAUAAAAAUGUUCUCCCGUAGUUUAUAAUAUAUAUAAAUAAUAUAGAUUCUGUGUCCACAUUUCUCUUACUUUGAAAAAUAAAAAUUAUAAUCAAUAUUAUCUUUUGAUUACUUUUACCUUUUCAUUGGCAUUAAACUGCGUGAUUAAAUAUAUAAAUCUGUAAUGCAAUGCUAUAAAUGUUUAUCAACUUGUGCAAACAUUCGGCCUUACUAUGUAAACUAAGGAUAAAUAUGUUUACUAUGUAGGUACAUUCUGUUUAUAUUAACGACUACUCUUAUAAUAUAGGACACUUCAAACCUUAAAACGAAUGCAUGAUUAAAACUGUAUACAAAAAUAUUUAGCCUUAAGUAGAUAGCGUAUUAAGUAAAAUAGGCUAAAUAAGAUUGAAAAACUAAACCCAGCCAGAAUUUAGCCUUAGAUUUGGAUAAAUAUUUUAUUCUAUACGCUUAAAUAACUAUUUCUCAGAGUGUAGUACUGUAAUUAAAUACAGUACAGCGUGGAUACAUAGUCCUGUGUGUGAUAUACUAACUAUAAAAAUAUUCAAAAAAUAAAUAAGCUUUUGUACAUUUCCAGUUUAAAGUAAAUGUAGAGUACAGUAUGUUAAAUAAUAAUUAAAACUUCGAUUACUUUUUGAAUUUUUAAUUAUUUCCUGUACAAUAUUUUAUAAUACACUCUGUCUAUUAUCUA